AUGCCAGAGGAGCAUCACCAGUGGGUUUCAACAGCCUUAUUUAGAGUUUGUGCCAAAGGGAAACUGGAACUCCAGGACCAUCUCCAGCUGUGGUAUUUUCCCCCUCAGCCGUCUCUCAUUUACAAUCAGGCCCCAACAUCGGCCAGGUUUUUUGCCCAUCCUUUACUGCUGUGGAUGCCAUACAGGCUGUGGAAGGUUCGGCUCCUUUGUACUGACCAAGCCUGUAAGCACCCUCUGAGCAGUGGAGGUCUUCACAGGCGGGUGUGGCAGGUGCUUGAUAUUGACCGCUUUUACAACCUGGUCACAGAGACAUUGAUAUGCUCAAAGUGCCGCCGGAGCUACCUGUCUUGGAAUAGGGAAAUUCUUGAGCAGCUGGACAUGGCCCAUCGCUCUGAGUUCAGAGUCAUUCUUACCCGCCGAAAUGCCUGUGACAUCAGGGUGAUACGCCUCUUACGGGAACGAGGUCUGGGGAAUGGACCAGUCCAACUUAUUGGCCAGCUGAAAGAGAACCACAGUGAGGAGUGGAUGAAAAGGGUGGUGCGUUAUACCAAAGAGUGUGCUGCCUUUAUUAGCAAAAGUUACCUGUUGCCACCAACCUUUGAAGAGCCCCCUAAACCUGUGGCACUGCCUACCUAUAAGUGGCUUUCAGUGGUGUACAGCCAAGAUAUACUUUACAGGCUGGAGGAUAUCAAGGCUAGUAUCACCUCCACGUAUGGAUCCAUUUUAAAACUUGAUUCCACCAGGAAGAUCACCAAGAAGCUCUCAGGACCAGCAAAAGGCACGGCACAGUGGCUGACUUCCGUUGGCAAUGAGAUGGGUCAAGUUCUCAUCAGUGUCUUGAUUGCUGGGGAGGGACCAGGUUUGGACCUCAUGGCUGACGGCUUGGUUGACAGGUAUAAAGCUGCAAGUGUAGACCCUCCUGUUGCACUCUAUGUGGACAGUGGCUGCUGCAAGGAAGUGGGUGAGACCAAAUUGAAGGCCAGAUUUAGUGAAUGGCCUAACUUGAUUGUUCGCCUUGACAUCUGGCACUUUAUGCGACGCCUGGCUGUGGGAUGCAUCACUGAUGCACACCAGCUGUACCCUACUUUCAUGGCUCGUAUGUUGGCAUGUAUUUUUGAAUGGGAUGCUGCUGAUGUUAAUGAACUGAGAGAGGCAAAGAGGGCACAGCUUAAAGGGCAUGGCUGGACAGCUCUGACUGAGAAGCAACUAGAUCGGCAAAUUACGAAGGAAGAGUUGGAGCUGCACUGCAGGAGGAGGACGCGUGGAGAAGAGCAAACCAUCCAGCUGUUGGAUCAGCUCAUCGGUGAGCUCAUCAGUGACAAGGGAAAGGAUUCGCUUGGUGUUCCUCUUCUGGACCCCAUCCGAAUGCAGCACAUCUGGUUUCUUCAGAAGAGGCAUGUGAAGUGCAUUCAGGACCCACCUGAUGUAGCGCUGUACACACAAACUGGCACCAUCAUUAAGGGAGGAGUCCAGCGGCAGACCCUGUGCUGUGCCAGAGGUUCAACAUCUUUGGAGUCUUUCCACUGCCACUUAAACCGGUACAUUCCAGGAAACAGUUCCAACUCUCUUAACUUCCAGAUCUACCUUUUGGAAGGACUACAUCGCUGGAACCACAACAGGGCAACUACUGCUGUAGAGACGGAAACCUCUGGUUUGCGCAGCUAUUCUGGCGAACUGGUUCAUAGCGUGAACACCGAUUAUGAGAAGGUGAACUGA